UCACGAGUUACCAAAAAACUGCUAUCGCAGAGAGCGGGACAUUAGAUUCCGGAGAUGGAGUGCAGAGUGACGACGCUUUUGUAUGUCUUCGUCAUUGUCUUCCGUUGCGCCCACUCAGAAGGACCUGUUAUGCUUUCUACCCCAAGCCACGUAAAUGUAAUCCAAGGAGAUUCUAUUGUAUUGCCUUGCAAUGUUCUGAAUAUCGGUCGCAACGUUCGGGUGUGGAAACAACAACCAACUACACUUUUGUUUUCUGGGGCAAUCACUGUAUUCAAGUCCCCCAAAUUCAGUUUGGUCAAUCAGUCUUCUUUACUCAUAGAAAAUGUUGAACCAGAAGAUGCUGGAGAAUAUAUUUGUCAAAUCAGUAAUCACCCUUUUGUGGAUGUUACUCAUCAGGUUCAUGUUUCAGUCCCAUCGUCUGUUUCUCCUGAUCCUCCUGAUGGGUUAGUAAUCUCACAGAAGGGGGAGAUGGCAACAAUGCGGUGUAAUACGAAAGGAACUCCUAUUCCAAGGGUCACUUGGACAUAUUAUAUUGGAAAUGUGUUGUAUGGAUCACUACCGAGUGGUAUCAGACAGCAUGGUUCUGGUCUUCACAUUGCUUCAACAGACGCACAUCACGCUGGCACUUAUGUCUGCACAGCUGACAAUGGGGUUGGUGAACCUGUAAAAGCCUCUUUUAACCUCACGGUUCAUUAUGCACCAGAGGUACUUGUGAAACCAGAAUGGGCCCACGGGGAUGAAGGCGCAACCGUCGAAUUUCUUUGCACCUCUAAUUCUUUUCCUAUAUCCCAAGUCGCAUGGUUGCAAGGGAAUCUAAAGCAAGGCAAGCUGCUAUUUUCAGACGAUAGAAUUAGUGUGACAGAAAAGAAAACGGCUUCUUCGACAGUUGAAGUUUCUUUAAAAAUACAGAGAAUGCUUCGAAGCGACCUUGGAGCCUAUACAUGUGUUGCAAAUAACUUAGUAGGAAAAUCGUGGAAAACAGUCGAAGUAUCAGGUUUGGCAGAACCUGUUCAGUUACGAGGUCACGAAUCUGGUGAAAGUAGUUUCCUUUUAUUAUGGACAGUAAAAUCUUUUAGUCCUAUAAUUGAAUAUCAGCUGAAGAUUAGAAGACACAAGAGUGGAGAUGAUUGGACGGAUGUUAUGAUUCCCGUUGCGGAAGAUGGUUUUCAACAAAGUCUGUUAUACACUCAGUCGUACAACGUGACGGGACUGGAGCCAGGAUCUCGCUACGAGGCUGUACUUCAAGCACAUAAUGAUUUUGGAUGGAACAGACCAUCUGACACUUUAUACUUCGACGUAGGAGAGAAGUUGACUUCCCCAUCUUUGGAACAAGAUGACCCCAAAACGCAGCCCUCUUUAUUGCCCCUUUACGAUAUCGAACUGGAUGUCACAGAUCCAACAUAUUCUAAACAAGGAGCCCAAAGAGAAGCCUGCUUUUAUUCGAUAAUAUUGUUAUCUAUGCUCACUGUCAUGUUAUUCUUCCCUUGACGUCAAUCUUAAAAAUGUCAUUCAUGUUAGAGAAGGCAAGACAUUAGCAAAAUACUCUGCAAGAUGUUUCCGACAACAAGACCCGGAAACAGGACUCCUGUCAUAUGUGUCUUCAGAGAAGAUUGAAGGUAGUGCAUGUAACAGCAGCAUUCAGUUGAUAAUACAUCACCGAGGUGAUUGACUGAUAAACCUAACUUACCUAAACUGCCAGAUAUUAUGAAUGUUCCAUUAUGAACGUUUCGGAUGUCUCUGCAUCAUAUCAUUUUGUUGCCAGUUGUGUGACGAUUGGAAGCCAAAAAUCCAAUGUAAAUUAAUCAUAGUAAGACUCUUCAGAAUAUUGGUUCAGUUUUAUGAAUAACAUAAAUGUAUAAGCUUUUGAAGAAAUAUACUUGUGAAACACAGCUUCCAUCUUGUAAAUGAUUCAAUGAAAUUAUUUUUAAAUCAGAAAAACACAGAAAUUCCUGAAAUAUAAUCAUUAUGAAUAUGUGAAACUUGCAUGACAGCUGAUUCAAGUCCUUUGCGUAAACACUGAAAUUUAUCUAAAAAGGUGUGUGCAUAAUAUUAUGUAAAAUAUUAACAGUUUUAUUUAUUAUGUAUCCAUUGGCCAUAUUAUUUGUACUGAUUUAUAAGUAUCAAAGGUCUAUAAAGCUGUAGCAACGAUUAUUUCAAGAUACUGAUACUGUGAUGUUUAUCUAAAACUUCAUAUUAAAAUAUAAGGCAUUUUGCAGUGCUUAAUGCAGAAAAUAUGCAAUUCCAAUAUUUUUUAGUAAAAUUAUGAAACAAAAAACAGCGAAAUCUUAACAUUUUAUCCGAACAGUUGUAUUAGUUAAUACAUCAAAUUUCUAAAAUAUAACCAAGUAAUUAUCUUGAAUUUAGUUAUAUUUCAUUUCCAAGAUACAUCAAACUUUAUAUAGGAUCAGAUAUAUCCUAAAAUAUUUAUUUAUAUUAUAUAAUUAAAACAAGCUGUUAUUUACGAAAUAUUGUUAACUUAAAUAACAUACUAUUGAUUAUUAAUUCCUUAUUUUUAAAUGAAUAUCUGAAUUCAAAAAUAGUGCAAGAUUUGAGAGAGAUUUAUUUACUUAAAUACUGAAUUCUACUUUCGAAACUAUAUCAUCUUUUGAUUUAGUGGUGAAAAAGUUAUAGCCAUUAAAAUGCUUUUUCCUCCUUUCGUUCUUGAAUUUUUAUUUUUCUCAUAAGAAGUUUCUUCUGCUUUUGUAUAUUGGCUACUUUCGUAUUCAGAUAUGCAUAAUAAAAAGAAUCUUGCCAGCAGAAA